CUCUAUAAUCAGCACUUAAGGAACUACUUGAUCGGGGAAAUAGUGUGGAUACUUUCACUCUCUUAGUUUUCGAUUAAGAAGUGAUAUUGUUUUCAAUCAGUAGAUAAUGUUAUAAUCACAACAACGUUCAACGUGUUAAGAAAACAGUGUUUCAGAAAAUCACUUACCUAGCCCACAAAACACAUGCCUGCACACUAAAGUAUCACGACCAACUGAAUACAAUAAUUACAGAGUGCACAUGCGCUGGUGAUCGCCAAAUCGGAACUACAAGACCAAAGUAUCUUUCAGCACCGACUCCCCUCUCUUUUCGCCCUUAAUGACUGACGAAUGUCAUCCAAACACGCAACCGACAGGCCUCAUCAAAUCACAACCAUGACAUACUUCCAUCACUGGACCCCCGCCAAUACUAGAUUGACAUUUGACAGUAUUGGACCAGUAAAUCAUCAAGGGUACUAAUAAAUCAGAGAAAUCGAUAUUGGUAUGCAAAUACGCUAAAGGCAACACAAGAAGUCGUCAUGACCGCAUUGUGGAUGAGGAAAUGCGUUUUGUUUCCACGUAUUUCCGGGAUGAAAUUAAACCGGUCCAACGUAUCAUCGAAUAAGAUAUGACUCAAAUAAUUGGCACGAAUUCCAUUUAUAUUUAACUAGUCAUGCGAUUGGUGAAUAUUACCAGUGAUCACAUAAAACUUUGGCACAUCUAGUACUAAUGAAAAUCUACAAAAGACGCUGCUGUGUUUCUUAGCGUCCCAAUUACGCAACCUCGGCCCCUGGCUACGCUCGUCGGGCGGGCUGAGUGAUAAUUCAAACGAAACGAUCGAUCAGCGAACGUAAAUCUUUCAACAGCAUGGCACCUGUUAAAGUGCCUAACUACUGUAAGUGGAACAGGCCACCCACCGCUGUGUACGAAGAUAAUUAUGGCUACGGCAUCAACUUUUAUCAGCCAAUGAUAGACUAUAUCAGUGCGAAAGAGCGCGGCGUCUCGAGCAAACCUCCCCAUCUUCCGUGGAAUAACGAAAGGGGGCUAGAAAAGUAUCGUUUUGAUAAACCAGUGCGUGCAUACUCUAACGAAGAUUUAACGCGGAUCGCGCGCGAAGUAUCCGAGCAAGCGAAAAAGGAUUUAAAUAAGUAUAAUAUAAGUAAACGUGCUCCGAUCACAGUAGUUGCUACAGCAGCUGCAGCAAAUGUGACAAAACACGUCGGUGUAGAAAGUGUAACUGUGAAAGCUAAGAAGAAAAAAGUGGAACGAGAAGCAAUUAAAGCCGAAAGACAGAAAAAAAGAAUGGAUGAAAUUGAAAAAGAACUUCAGCAAUACGAGAGGGAAGCAAAUGUGGGAGCAGAAUUGCGCGGAAAGGCAAUGAUGUAUAGAGGUAAAUCUGCUAAAGCAAUCGCACAGACACUUCUUCAGGAAACCAGAAAAAAUUGUGCUGAAGGACAGAUGAGAAAGAUGGACUUACACGCUCGUAAAGCUCUUAUUGAUCGUAGUUUGGCUAGAUCCACAGAAAAUUUAAUAUCUUCGAUGAUGUCUGAAAGUAGAAUAUCCAACAUAUCAAAAAUGUCAGAAAGUAAAUUCUCUGAAAGUUUAUCGGAAGCUGUAAGGAGCAUCCGCGAAGUUUCGCCCAGGAGAUGUAUUGUGACGGUUGAAACUGAAUACCCGGCUAUACAGGAAACUUACAUGCAAACGUUGAGUGACUUGAAGGAAACUUUAAAACAGUUUGAUCGUUUAAACACCAGGCUUCUAAUUGAUACAAGGUAUAAAUCCACACCGCAUAAAUAAUCGUUUAAAUGUUGUUAAAUACUCGAACCGUUUUUUUUGACAUAUUUUAAUUAAAAAUAAACUAAUCCCUUACUUUGGUAA